UGUCAUCACACUCUGUUAUUGCCAUGUUGAUUCCACCUCCAGCACAAGCAUUCAGUCUUCUGACCUGUUCCACCACACAGGGCGUUCACGGCUUAAGGGUGAUGGCCUAAAGGGAAGGGAAAGGCAUACUUGGGAUUAAAUUCAAAAUGGGAAAGUGCCUAAGCUGCUGCAAAGAAGACCAGAACUUCCAACAAAAUCGUUUUGAAGAUCAAGUUAUUUCAGAACCCCAGCAUUAUGGAGCCUCUUCUAGUUCACAACCAAGACCAUCUCUCGGUCUUAAAACAGCUCAUUGUUCUGCAACGCUUAAAGUCAGUUCACACAGAGGAAGUAGAAAGUUAUCUUCUCUGUCAAGUACCUCUUCAUUCAAAAGUGCUCGUUCAUUUUUCUCUGAAAGAAGACAAUCUUUAUUCGCUCGAUUCCAAGGAGACCAUACUUCCCUUUUUCGACAACAAAGUAGAGCUAAUUUUGAUUAUCAAGACCUAAAUUUCAAUAAAGUUCAAUCUUCCUCAGAACAUUUUGAUGGCUUUAGGUCCCAAAGACUUUUCUCUUCCCCUAAGCUAAGUAUAGUUUCCUGUCACAAGAGUGCCUUGUUUUUUGAUCCUCAAUCAAGUGAGACCAUGAUUAAUGUAAAUGAAAUUGAAAUCUUUUCUAAAAAGCCAAAUGAUACUGAUGUUCAAAGACAUAUAACCUUCUCUGCUCCUGAAUGUAGCAGUGUACAUUUUAUGAAUACUGAAGCAGGAACUGCUUCUUCACUCAGGCGAAGUACUAAUGAUAAACUCUCCAGUCAACAAAACACAGCAUCCUUUUCUCGUCCAAUUUGUACUUCCUCUGCCUGUCAGCCAAAUGGAAUUACCACUGAUAUUCAACAAAGUGGCCAAUUAAGUAAAGAUCAACAGCAUCCCUUUCAAAAUGUAACUUCCCAUCCCCGCCGUAGUGUUGGAUUUUCUUCAUCUUGUAGAAGUGCUGGUAGCCUUAUCCCACGUCAAAGUGAAGGCCCCUCCGAGGAUGGAAACUGUCCUGUCUCGUCUCAAGAUGAAGCCAGGUCUUCACCUUUUGAAAUUCCUAAAAUAAGGUACACUACAGCAAAUACUGACACCGAAGAGCAGAGUUUUCCAAUCCCUAAGGCAUUUAACACACAUACAGAGGAAUUAACUUUAGAUGUUCUUCUGCAGAAGGCAGAUCACUUACGUGUGAAUGAGAAUGGCAAAGUGGAGAGUUUUGAACUACUUUGUGACCACAAGGAAAAGUUUAGAGAUGAAAUAGAGUUUAUAUGGCGGUUUACUCGUGCGUAUGGAGACAUGUAUGAGUUAUCUACAAACACACAAGAAAGGAAACAUUAUGCUAAUGUUGGAAAAACUUUAGGUGAAAGAGCUAUUGCUAGAGCACCUACGAAUGGAUAUUGUCAUCUGUGGUAUGCAAUUUUAUGUGGCUAUGUGUCUGAGCUUGAGGGCUUACAGAGCAAAAUCAACUGUGGAUAUCACUUCAAGGAGCAUCUGGAUAUAGCAAUCCAACUUUUACCUCAAGAACCUUUACUGUAUUACCUCAAGGGAAGAUACUGUUAUACUGUCUCAAGACUGAGCUGGAUUGAAAAAAAAAUGGCUGCUACUGUCUUUGGUAAAAUACCAACUUCAACUGUACAAGAAGCUUUGAAUAAUUUUCUUAAGGCUGAAGAACUACACCCUGGUUACUCUAAGCCCAAUUACAUGUACUUGGCAAAGUGUUAUAUUGAUCUUGGGGAAAAUCAGAAUGCUUUGAAGUUCUCUGAUUUGGCGUUAGUGCUUCCUGUUGUUACCAAAGAGGAUAAAGAGGCACAGAAAGAAGUGAAAAAAAUAAUUACUUCCUUGAAGAGGUAAAUAAAAGAGCUUACUCUUCAACAAAUCAGAUGUGGUCCACUAAAAUUUAAACUAAUCAAAGUUGUGUUUUAUUAUACUUUCCUCUUUUUUGAUGUACGGGUGAUAUGCUCGGAUUUGAAGGUAAAACCAUGUAUCUGCAGAAUGCAUUCCACUGGUGGCACUGCAAAGUUAAUCAUGUUGCUUGGAGACUUUACUAUAAUGUCAAAACAUAAUGAUCCAUAAACAUGUAUGCUUUAUAUUUUUCCUAUCGAUAAACCAUAGCCUUCAAAAUAUUUCUUUAAAUAAAAUAUUUAAAUCAAUCCAA